AUGGCGGUCGCUCUGAGCCUUCUGGGCGGGCGUGUCCGCGCUGCUGUGGCCCGCUGUGGGUUUGCGACCCGGGGGGUGGCGAGCCCAGGACCUGUCGGCCGCGAGCCGGACCCGGACUCCGACUGGGAGCCGGAGGAGCGGGAGCUGCAGGAGGUGGAGAGCGCCCUGAAACGCCAGAAAAAAGCCAUCUGGUUCCAGAAAGUACGGAGGCAGCUGGAGGCGUCAGGCGCCCCGCCCCGGACCCUGACUUGGGAAGCCCUGGAGCAGAUCCGGUAUUUACAUAAGGAAUUUGCAGAGUCCUGGACAGUUCCCAGAUUGGCUGAAGGCUUUGGUGUCAGCACUGAUGUGAUCCGAAGAGUCUUAAAAAGCAAGUUUGUACCCACAUUGGAGCAAAAACUGAAGCAGGAUCAAAAAGUUCUUAAGAAAGCUGGACUUACCCAUUCACUCCAGCAGAUUCAAGCCCUUAGGAAUACCACAGAACCACUCUCUGCAGGCCGCUCUGUAUCAGGCUCUUUGCUGAUGCCCAGGGUUAAAGACUCAUCCAAAGGCCAGAGUCAUAGCCCAGCUUUGAAAGUGAUAGAACCAAACACUCAUAGAAUAAAUACACCAAGGAGACAGAAGGAAAGGAAUGAAGGAAUCCAGAGCCUGGAAGGAGUAAAAGAGAACUUUGUACCUGUAGCUGCAUCCUUGAAUCAACAGGGGAAGUUGCCAAAGGGCACCAGAGGUAUUAGCAGCCCUGAAUUGCUACAUGAUGAGAAGCUGGAGGAGUUGAAGACCAGAGCUCUGAGUGAUCAGAACUUCAGUAGCAAAAUAGUGCAGAGGGGGCGGGAGUUCUUCGACAGCAAUGGGAACUUCCUGUAUAGAAUUUGA